AUGGCGUCCACGAUACACAAGACGGCGUCGACGCACAGGUCUGCGGUGGUCCGUGGCACGCACGAGUUCAACAUCGUCGGCUGCAGCGGCCGCAAGCGUUUCUCCAGCGCCAUCAACUCCUCCUCCAUCAAGUCCGGCUCUUUCCUCGCCGGCGGACACACCUGGGCCCUCGCCUGCACCUUGGACGAUCAAGGCAGCCUCGCAUCAAUCACCCUCGAGCUUCUCGGCACGACCAAGGACGUGGUCGCCACGGCGGGCAUCAGGAUCGAGGACCCCCUAGGUGAGUGGCCGACCGCCGUGUGGCAAAGCGACGCCAUCAGAUUCCAGGAGACUAGGACCUGGAAGCUAUCGGUUCCAGAGACUUACCAUGGCCAUGGAACCCGCUACGUGAGAGACGACCGCCUCACCAUCGAAUGCACCGUCGACGUCCUCGAGGAGUACUCCCCCGGAACCGCUGUGGAGACUAGAAACGGCUUUGUAUCGGUGGUGCCGCCGCCGACCAUUACUCAGGAUCUCCACAAACUUCUACUAGUUGAUGAGUCAGCAGUGUCCGCGUCAGGAUCAUCGUGUUCUGAGGACAGGCGACGACAUCGUAUGAAGUCGGAUGUAACGUUCGUCGUUGAGGAGACCGAGAUCCAGGCGCACAAGCUCGUGCUCGCCAUGCAAUCCCCGGUUUUCGCCGCGGAGUUCCGCUGGCACGCGAAGGAGAGCUCUAUCCUUACGCGCCUUAGCGUCGACGACAUGAGUGCAUCCACCUUCAGGGCGAUGCUCCGUUUCAUCUACACCGACGAGAUGCCCAUCAAAGCAAGGAACGAUACAAGCAGCCGUCGUGCCUGCAAAGAGAAAUAUGCUUUGAGGCGCCGGGAAGCCAUGGCACGCGACCUGCUUGUGGCCGCGGAUCGGUAUGACCUGGAGAGGCUGAGGAUCAUGUGCCAGAAUAUAUUAUUAGAGAGCAUCGACGCCUCGACUGUUAUGGGGACGCUGUUACUGGCGCGUGGCCGUCACACCUGUUGUCAGCUCGAGGAUUCCUGCAUCGAGUACAUAGCCUCUGACCCCAAGGUGUACGCUGCUGUGAGGGCGACCGAGGAGUACCAGGAGCUUAAGAAUAGCUGCAGUCCCUUGAUAAUCGAGAUCAUGGAAAGAGUAGCCGCACACAACCCCAACGGGGCGCGCAAGUCCUCUGACGGCAUGAAAUACCGGCCUCCGGAAAAGACGUGGUCAACCUAUAACGACGCGUUGGUGCACAGCGUCCACGAGUUUAGGAUCCCUAACUUUUGCGCCGUCCAGAGGAGCCGUGAAGUUGGCCAAGUAAUCCAUUCAGGCACUUUCAACGUCGGCGGUUAUGACUGGCAUGUAUUGGUGUACCCAUCGGGGGUGAAGGGAGAGGACGACCAAGGGAGCAUCUCUAUUUUCCUUAAAUUGUUGAGUCAGCCGCCAGUCCAUGGCAUCGAGGUGUCCGGGAAAUUCUUUUUCGGCAAUCCAAGUGGAAAGUUCACCACUGAGAAAAAAGAAUGGAGUUUCACCCACAUAUAUACCAAAACGGCUUUAGCCUAUGGAUACACAAAGUUGAUGACCGUUGAAUCUGCAAAAUCAGGGUACCUAGCGAAUGAUGGUUCCUUAACCAUAUGCUGUAGCUUUGCGGUCACCAAGCAGCCUUACACCAGUACUACGAGCACCCCGGCCACCAGGGCCAUGAUCGUUGUGCCAUCAUCAAGCAUUGCCUUGUACCUCGAGCAACUAUUGGUGGGCGGGCAUGGGUCAGACGUGCAAUUUCUUGUUGAGGGUAGCGAGAUUUGCGCGCAUAGUCUUGUGAUCGCCGCGCGAUCGCCGAUCCUUUAUGAGGCGGUGGCAGCGGCAGUCAGCAACAAGGAUGGACAUAUAGUACGUAUUGACGGCAUGAAAGCCACGGUCUUCAAGGCCGUGAUCCACUUCGUCUACACCGAUGAACUGCCCACUCUUGGUAGCACGGUGGUUGACGAAGACAUGCUCGCCGCAGCAUCCCGGUUUGGACUCGAGAGGAUGAAGAUCAUUUGUGAGAACUUCCUCGCCGAGUACAUCUCCAAGGAAAAUGCAGUCGACACAUUCAAUGUGGCGCGCCGUCACCGUUGUUCGAAACUUGAGGAUUACUGCAUUGAUUUCAUCCUCUCGGUUCCAUCCUUGGCCAAGGGAUUGAUUAAAACGGUCAGCCUCGACUAG